AUGUCGACCCCUCAUCAGCGAUCUCAUCACGGCUGCUGGACGUGCAAGGCCCGACGCCGCAAAUGCGAUAGAACGAGACCCAACUGCCAAUCCUGCAUUCAGCGCGGGCUCCAAUGUGAGGGAUAUGAGGUCCGGCUGCGAUGGGGAGCCGGCAUUGCAUCGCGAGGCCGUUACACUGGAGCAGAAGAGCCAAUCGAGACCUCCGUACCUGCAAGGCGCAAAGGACGGCGGCGUGAUCUGAGUCGUGAGAGGCGCCGAACCCAGCAAGAAGUUGCAUAUAUCGCCGAUGUGGGGAAGACGAGGACUACCGCAUCCCCUCCUUGCAAAGAAGACGAUGUACUCUUCCAGAGAUUCCUUACUUCAGGUGUUAACACUCUACACUCAACAACCACCGAUGACCCUGCCAGUCUAUUGGGAGCGCAACUUCCUACACUUUCUCAGCAAUCCGAUGCACUAUACUUCAUCUGCCUGGCUCUCCAAGUUUCAAUAUCCGAUGACAUUGGUCCUCGAUUCUUCGAGUAUUAUGACGCGGCUCUGAACCAUUUUAGAUCCGAGCUGGCACACAGUGCGUCAUACUUGCCGGAUGGUACACUUGCAGCGGGGCUUCUUCUCUGCAGCGUUGGGGUUUUGCGUGGCACACCGUGGACGAUGCACCUCCGAGGUAUGUACAGUAUCAUUCAGUUGCAAGGGUUCCGAAACCUUCUGUCCGAAACCAGUACAUUCCGCACACAUCUAUUCGAGGUAAUGGGUGUGAUGGAUCUUCCUACUUUUACCAUUGGUCGCCGAAACUCCUGUCUUGGUUUCUGGAGAAACCACUGUCGAGAACGCAAAGACCCCACUGCAAUCAAUUCAGAAAUAGGUCAUGAUGUCGAGGUGGUAAGCGGCCUUCCAAGGUCUUUACUCGAUAUUUUCUCCUGUAUUGGCACUCGAGAGGCCAACGAAGAAGAAUUUUGGAAUUGGCCUGGUGCCCAGGGGACGUUGCUGCAAUGCCAGCUGUGGGAAGCUUAUAGAUCGGCGGGAAUUCUGGCCCUGAGACAUCGUCGCUUGCACCGAUUUGAUGAUAUGAUCGUAUCACAACCAGAGAACACUCAAGAGACAGCGCUACGGAAACGAGCUCUCCCUACCACGGAAGUGCUUGUGUUGCGCAUUUUCAGUAAUCUGGAUGCGAUCUUCAGAGCGACGAAGGAGCCUGAGGGAGCAGGUACUUUGCUUCUGAAUGCGGUCUUCUACCCUCUGACUGUUGCUUCAUUGGAAUCCCAUAUCAUGAAUGAAAGACCAUUUCUGAAAGCCUUGAUCAAAGGCUGGGGUGACAACCUUCAUGACCCGCCUGGGAAUGAGCGACUCUUGCAGAUCUUGUCGGAAAUCCUCGAGGAAUGGUGGAUAUCUAUCCCUGAGCAAACCAGCAUACAUGAACUUGCUUAUGUGCGAGGGUUGGAGAUUGCGUUGUAUUGA